GAUUUCUUGCCUCGUUACUACUCCUCGAAACACAAGAAACAUCAAAAUUCUCAGAUCCAGAAUUCCUGAAUCACAACAAUGACCGCCAGCUCCAAACAGCCACUGCGCCGGAGUUUGCGAACGCGCCGCGAGCCAAUUCGUCAUGGAUUUACAAGCGAAUUGCAGCGUCAAGCUACGCCAAAUACCUCCGUGUUGCUGGCAAGUCACGUUCGGCAAUCCGGAUUAGUUCGUCACACCCGCCUCCAACCUCAGCGGCUAUCGUUCGCCGAAGAGGAAGCAGUUGUUCAAGCCGACUUGGACAGCAAUUCUGGGCAAGAUGAGAAUAGCAGCUACCAUUUACAUGGCCAGAGCUCUGGCUUCCGACCUGCUCGCGGGCGACCGAUGAUGCAAGCAGAACCCCACACGACCACCGACGAUUGGGCGACACGCUUGGCGUUCGCUCGCGAAUUAAACCUUGAUGGUGAAGAUCAACCUUCUGAUGAGACCACAGAGCCCACUCAACCUCAUGGCUCGUCGUCGCUCGAUUCACCCUUCGUCGAUGCAUCAGAACAAACCGACCUGGACGAAGCGACAUCGCCUGGCGAGUCCUCUUCGACAGACAUUGACAACUUGGAUGACUUUGAUGCAGAGUCCGAGCUGAAUGCUUACCACGAGUCAGAGUUUAUUGAUGUGGAGGAGCACAGCAGCAGCGGGGAGGACGACGAUGAGCACUGGUGGAGCCGGUUCCAACCCGAGGCGGCCCGCCCCGUUUUCACCCCUCUCAAGCACACAUUCAAACCUCCUGCUGGUGGUCUCCCGGGCCGCACCUCUCGCUUGAGCGACAGGCUUUACAUUGCACAACAGCCUUCGUGGCUGCCGCAUCCAAUGUCUGCUUCUCGCAGCACCCAUUUCACCGACGAGGCACGCUCGCCUCUUUCCGAGCACGCUGCUAUCGUUGACUUGUCGCUGAAUAAGCUUCGCACGAUAGCACCUGGGCGUGGGUGCUUGCAUCGUCCACUGCUCAUCGGAAAUCUGGUGGCGGACUUGCAACACCGCGCCCGCGACUGGUACAGCACGGCUCUUGAAGAGACCGGCAGUGCCAGCGACGCGUGUCUGAUGGAUGGCGAGGCUCAAUCCUUUUGCAAAAAGGCGAGGCUGAUGACACAUCAGGUGCCAACCGACGCUUCCCUCGAUCGCGACGUGCCGCGCGCAGAGACAAUGCAACGUCACUUUUGCCAUCAAGUCAAUCGCAAUCCAUCGUCAUCGGACCUUGACGACGACAACGACGACGAGACUAUCGCUGACAGCGACGACGAAGAAGAGUUGGAGUUUCAAGCCGUGUUUGGCCCGCCUCUGCAAGUUCCCAGCAUCAUCUCGCGCUCGUCUUCGUCGGUGCUCGCUCGAUUGGCUGCCGAGCGGUCGAGCCGAGGCGCUUCUGCUGAGACCCAUGUUGCGACGCCCCUCUCGCCACCUUCGUCCUUGGCUGAUAGCGACUUUUCCGACUCGAUUCCCAGCGACGAUUCGGCGGACUCUGGAUUGCCUUCGGAUCCAGAUCACGGCAUCGAGUUUUCUGCUCUAAAUCACCCAAUGUGCGAGGAAUCGAUUCUUUCGUCCGACACUGAUUGCAUCAUGCAACAGGUCGAGGCGCUUCCUGCCAAGGUCGUGGCAAUUGUCAACAACGCGGCUGACGAGGCAGAUCUCGAUCUCGACGCCAGGCGUGAGCUGUUGGAGCUCAGGUCACUGUCCAAAUUGCUGCCUGCUCAGGAUCUGGAAAUGAUGCGUGACAUUGACAAUGCACCCAUCCUUCGCACCAAGCGCACCAUCGAUUUGCGGCGGAAAGGCGGGCUUUCCAGUGUUUCACAAAUCCACUUUGCCAGCGUGACUCGGGAUCAUGGGCAGUCCCUAGACAUUUUGCGCAAUAUCUUUUAUGCCAUUUGA